AGAAGCAUUUCGAUAGCGAAUAAACGAUUUCAGGUGUGCAAAAGUUUGAAUCGUGUAUGAUAGGCAAAGAUCCGGAAACGCAUGGAGGUUCGGUCAUAAACCAUUUUCGUCUCUAACGAGGAAGCAACUCUCUCGUAAGGGACGUUUCAUCGAUUUAUCGUUUAAAGUAACCUUGCGGUACCUCCUUCUACGAACACCGACACGCGACAGACAUUUUUCUGACGGAUUCUUUUUGUCGCAAUAGAUACGUCAUCAACGCGAACUUCAAUGAACCUACACGUACGUCGAACAGCCGUAUAUUUAGCAGAUUGAACGAAUUCACGAAAGUUUAAGUGUUAUACCAGGUGGUGCGCUUAGAACUCUACACCCUCUUCGAGUCAAGGUUAUCAAGGUACCCUACCGUUGCAAUUUCUUUACGAUUAAACGUCGAUCUAACGCGUAAUAUUCACGAUUCGUCGUUCAUCCGAGAUCUAAAUAAAAAUUCGAUACAACCCUCGUUAACGAAAGUGGCUCAUUUUUAAGGAAAGUCAUUUUAUCUGAAAUUAAUGUUAAUGUUAAAAUACUGAGUAGUAUUUUGAAGUUGUAGAAAAAUAUGAUAAAGUAGAAUAAUGAUGGAUCGUAUAAAACCGCAAUUAGCUAAAGUGUCGCGUGUUCGAGAUAACGAUUUACAGAGGAGCGCCAUUCAAAUUCUUUUAGAAGCUUCUAACGAGACUUCCGGUGUCCUUGCGGUGUCGCGGUGUCCACCGAAAGCUCAUAAAAGCUGGAAACCAACAAGGAAUCCAGCACACGAGUAACUUGCGCACCUGAGACCAGGUCAAAGCGAUUGCGUACACCGAAACGUGGCCGUGCACCAGUGAGAAUCGAGAUAUCGGCUCGCUUACAUGCCAUUCCAUCGAAAUAUUUGAAUACCGAACACUCGAUUCCUCGGUAAAAAUGUCAAUUUAUCGCUUAAAUCGUAUCGUUUAUCGGAAGAACGGGAAUUAACGAAUUGUAAACAUGUUCAUUAACGCGACCGCUUCUCUAAAUCGACACAGAACAUUGUUUAAGGAUUUGUGAAUGAAAAGUUGAAGAUGUGACCGAAUACGGAAAUAUAUUUCCUUUAAGAGGUGAGUAACUUUUCUAAAAACUUCCAAGUUAUUAACAAAUACGGUGGAUGCAAAAAAUAAUUAACUAUUUUAUGUUAAUUUUAAAGAUUCUCGGAAUCGUGUGAUAAUGUUACGUAUUUUCGUUUAGAAAGAAAGAAGAGUGCUCGACAAUCAUCCGAACAAUGAUCCGCUAACAGAAUUUAUCUUCCCCGAUUUUAUUAAAAUACAAUGUUUCGGUAUGGCAGUGAAAUAUUUGGACGGACCGUUCAUGUUCAGACUAAACGACAAUGGUACAGGUCCGCAUCUUCUCAUGCAGGUUUGCACGGAGCGUGGUUGGAGGGAAUACACUGGCGAGAAUAAUGUAUUCAGAGAUCGAUGGAAUUUAUGGUGGAAGUCCGGUGGCUUCCCUUUGCCUUAUUACAAGCCGCUACUGCCAUGGCAGUUCAUUAAUAGAAUACCGAAAGGGGGUUCCAUCUGUAGGAAAGAUAAUCUUAUACGCCACUUACGAUGUAUGAAGAAGAUGCAUGGAUCCAUCUACGACUUCAGCCCCCCAGGAUACAAUUUGCCAUCGGAGUACACUAAGUUGGCCGAAGAGUGCAGUCGCUGCGAGGACAACAAAGUUUGGAUCUGCAAGCCGGUUGGUCAAAGUCAAGGCAAAGGGAUCUUCCUGUUUCGCAAAUUAAGCGACCUCAUGUACGAUAGCACAACGGUGGUACAGAGAUACAUUGAGAAUCCUCUUUUAAUCGGAGGCUACAAGUUCGACCUACGAUUGUACGUGUGUGUCCCUUCGUAUCAUCCUUUGGUAAUAUAUUUAUACAAGGAAGGCUUGGCACGAUUCGCCACGGAGAAAUUUUCUUUGGAACACCUGAACGAUCCUUUUCGUCAUCUGACCAACUUUUCUCUGAACAAAUUGGGUCCAGGCUACUCGGAAAAGAAGGAGCGAAUUGGUUCCGGCUGCAAAUGGACUUUCAGACAAUUAAGAAGGUAUUUCGAACAAACUGGAUACUACGACUGGUUUCUCUGGCAGAGAAUCGCCUGUUUAAUCAGCUUAACGAUAUUGAGCCAGGCUGCUGGUAUUCCAAAAUCUUCUAAUUGCUUCGAAUUCUUUGGGUUUGAUGUAUUAAUUGACAAAAAUUUAAAGCCAUGGUUGUUGGAGGUUAAUCUUAGUCCAGCUUUGAGCAACGAUUGCGAAAUCGAUUCGGAAGUGAAGAAACCUUUGUUGCACGACUUGUUCGAUUUGUUAGGUCUUCCUGUAUGCAACACUGGACUCUCCCUUUUCACGAUAUGGUCGACAAACCCUAUUGACGAUGAUGAAGCGUCUUCCAAAUUUCGAACCACCAAGAAAAAACCGAAAAGUAGCCAAGACACCGAUGGCUUCUUAAACCUGUGCACUGAACUUCAACCUACUCUUAGACAAUCAACCACGAACGACUCCAAUUCAUGGUCUCGUUAUAAUCCCUUGCUAGUGGAUAAGUAUAUUCCACGCGGUUUUCGAGGUACCAAUUCAAUUAAUCAUGAUAAAACGUCCGUGUGGGACAACGGCAAAAAUUGGAGCACGCCAUGCGCGAAGGAAGGAGGAUGGGUUCGCAUUUAUCCAGUUACUCCGUUAAUACCUGACAAUACUAUGGACUGUGUAUCAUCGUCCUUAUCGGAAGAUUCGCGGGUUGUGGAAAAGCAGAUAAAAAAUACAGUUCUUUGUAUACACAAAUACUUGAAAGCUGCGAAAGAAAUAUACAAGAAGAAUGAAAAAUAUAGAGACGAACAGUGUAACGCUUUGCUACGAAAAACACUGGAAUUAAAUACUGAAAUUUGGCUGCCACCUAAAUAAUUAAGUGCAAUAUUGGUAUUCUUUAAUAUACCCGUUAAUUUUUCAAGCGAAUUAGCGCUAUACACUUUGACCAAUUUAUUUAUACGUGAUAAUCUGAUCUCUUAAUCUUUCCAAUACUGCUAUAUUCAAAAUGCAAUUUUAUUAAUUAGAGUAUUCGUAAUAUUUUUGAUAGGAUAUUAGAUUUUUCAAUCGUGUUUUAAAUGUUAGAUAAUAUUAGAUAGGUUUCAUUAAA